AUGGUGGCACCACUGCCCACGAUGGCUGCAGAGCCAGUGCCACGAGGCAGGAAGGACGCCGUCAGGCCUAGAUCCAGCAGCAUUUUACAGGCUGAAUCAGAUGAAGUUCAGUCCGUAAGGGUGGGUGAUCCUGUCACUCUUAACUCUAACACUUUCGAAAUACAGCUAAAGAAUGAGAUCGAGUGGAGGUUUGGCAGCAUUCGCAUUGCUAGAGCAAUAAACGGCAAUGCUAAAUAUGAUAAAAAUGAGAAAUUCGAAGACAGACUGAAGCUGGAGAGAAAUGGAUCUCUUACCAUCAACGACACCAGAACCACGGACACCGGAGUCUAUAAAUUUAGUACCAUUAUCAACGGCAAUCUUGCAACCAAGGCGUUUAGUGCUACAGUUUAUGAUCCAGUGUCCAGUAUUCCUGUCAUUACCAGUGUCAUUUCACAAUGUUCUUCAUCACCAGAAAGUGCAUCAAGCCCAAAAUGUGUGCUGCUGUGUUCAGUGAUGAAUGUAAGCCGUGUGACUUUCUCCUGGUACAAAGGAAACAGUUUAUUGUCCAGCAUCAGUGUGUCUGAACUCAGCAUCAGUCUCUCUCUACCUCUGGAGGUGGAAUAUCAGGAUAACAACACCUACAGCUGUGUAGUGAGCAAUCCCAUCAGCCUCCAGACCAGACAUGCCUGCAUUACCGAUCUCUGUCGUUUGUGUUCAGAAGAAGUCCGCUAUUGUGAAAGCACUGAACCUGUGAUCCGAUUGGUCGUCACUGCUGUGGUGGGUCUGGCUGCUGCGGCUGCGUUCAUUGUGCUGGUUUAUGACAUCAGAUCCAGAAGGGUCGAACAGGAGAGACAUCACACCCAGAGUGAUGGAUCCGAUACUCUAAAACAAUAGUAAACAGUCUAGUUUUGGUGCAGUUUUGUGUUUUGCUUUUAUACCCAGAGU